GUGAGAGGUGAAAGGUUAACGCAUGUGUUUGGAUGAUCAAGCGGGCUGCAGAACAGAAGCACACUAGCUUUUGUUCGUAUUCGCUUACGCUGUAAAGAUUUAAUUAGCAGAUAAAUCAUUUAAUCAAACAUCUAAAACAUAUUUAAGGUAACGAAAUUCGUUAUUUAACGCACUUCAAUCGUUUUAAAUUGUAGUUGGUGUCAGAUCGCCCUCAGAUAAGAAAUACGGCUAACGUUAAGCUAACACAAAAGUUAUCGCGGUUGUUCAAUUUGACAUCUGAUCACGCAUGUUGAUCGACGCACAUCGGUUCAUAUAAAACAAACACAUCACAUCGUCGUGUUGCAUCUGUCUUAAGUGUGCAUUCAGCGUAAUGGCUGAGAGACCAGAGGACCUCAAUCUUCCCAAUGCUGUCAUCACGAGGAUUAUAAAAGAGGCAUUGCCAGACGGAGUUAACGUGUCUAAGGAAGCAAGAAGAGCCAUAUCUCAAGCAGCCAGUGUUUUCGUUCUCUAUGCAACAUCUUGUGCAAACAAUUUUGCUAUGAAAGCAAAGAGGAAGACACUCAAUGCUGGAGAUGUGAUGUCAGCUAUGGAGGAGAUGGAGUUUGAGCGUUUCUUGCAACCCUUGCGGGAAGCACUUGAAGCCUACAAGAAAGGUCAAAAAGGCAAGAAGGAGGCAUCUGAGCAAAAACGUAAGGACAAGGAGAAGAAGAACAGCACAGAUGAGAAUGACAAGAGCAGAGAUGAAGAGGAAGACGAGCAUAUGGAUGAUGAGCAGGAGGGAGAGAAUGAAGGAGAGGAGGAGGAUGUGGAGAACUGAGGAGACGCAGGAUUGUUUGUUCAGUCCAUCCUGGUUUCCAUCAACCAUGGCAAAUGAUAGUUUCCACAUUAAUAGUGGGACAAGGACAGGCCUAUGGUACUGAAUAUAAAUGUUUCACUUUAUAAAAUUGAGCAACUGUACAAAAACAACUGUGGCAACAUUCCUGCGGAGAGCUCCUUUCAAUACACUGGGCUAUAUUUUAAGAGACACUGUACUUUGUCCAUUCAAAUUCACUUUAAUCAGUUAUAUAUAACACAGUAGUGGCCAUAGGAUUUUAAGCAAAUAACUUGCUCUUAAACGAGUCAAGAAUAGGAAAAAUGUGAUGGAUGUUAAUGAUUUUGAAUGAUAAAUAAAAGUUGAGCAGCUUGAAGUACUUAAACAUUUUGUAAACAAAGUUCAGCUGUUGUGAAACAUUUAUACUAUGCUGCAUUUUUUUCCUGUUUUAAAUGUCAGGCUUUUGUUUUACGCCAGCAAUACUUACCUAAGCUUAUAUACUUUUGUAUUGACUCUUUGUACAACUUGGGAAUAUUUGAGUAUAUGUUAGCUAUUUUUUCAAAUAAAUAAUUAUAAUAGCUUCUACUUGUCAA